UUACGCAUUGACCACUUUCUGUUUAAUAUUUAAGUAUCAGAAGUGACUUGUAUUUGACAAUGGUAGUUCUUACUCCUAUGGAUGCAACACUUUUUGUAGAUGAAGUUUUAUCCGGAAGUAGUGUCAACGCUUGGGUGAUUGCUGGAAGUAUUUCUGGAGGACUAAUUGGACUACUUGUCGUUGUUGUGACUGUGGUUACACUCAGAAAGUACGAAAUCAUCAGUCAAUGCUUUCGUAAGCCAGAGGAACAUAAAGCCCUUGGGGAUUCAAAUAAUAUGAGAUCAAUCCAACCUGACAUCAACAAUACUGGUUACGACUAUGAACUGGAAACGAAUAUAUACGAAAGUUUAGAUGGUGAUGAGAGGUAA